GUUAAAGAUAAUGCUAAUAAUAUAUGGGUCAUCUUGUUUCAUAUUGAAUGGGGGCAAAUACACAGUUAGAAGCUACGUCAAGUUUGCACUCAUGGCGCACAACCUGCUCAAUAUCUUUAUCCCCUCAUCUGCAAUAAAUGCCGGAACCCUGAUGUCUUCCCCUUUUCCUCAAUUGGGUUUUCGGGGAAUUAGGCAUUUCUUUAACAAGUGUAAUCAAUCAAUGCAAACUCAAAAUUUCAAGCUAUCUUCCAUGGUUUCUUGCAGAGCAAUUGGCUCAGAUAUAAAUGAAGACACUGAUGAUAUGUUUGAUGAUCUUUUCGAAAAGCAUGGAAAAGUGGUAUUUAGAAGUAAAGACCAGAAGACAUCUGGUGCAGAAAUUGAUGAUGAUGCUGAGAGUUUAACAUUUGCUGUGGCGAUGGCCAAGGUUGCAAAUGAGGUAAAGGCUGCGGAUAUAAAAGUUUUAUUUGUAAAACCUCUUGUAUACUGGACUCGGUUUUUCAUAAUUGCAACGGCAUUUUCUCGUCCUCAAAUCGAUGCAAUUAGGACAAAAAUGGCAGAUCUCGCUGAAGAGAAGUUUGGGAAAAUUCCGAAUGGUGACUUAAAACCAAACUCUUGGACACUAUUGGAUUUUGGAGAUGUUGUCGUCCAUAUAUUUCUUCCCCCACAGAGGGAAUUCUACAAUUUAGAAGAAUUCUACGGCAACGCCAAGUCCAUUGAGCUGCCAUUUGAGGAUGAAAAGCCAUUUCUCCGGUAAAAAAAAUCUGCUUAAUUAAUGGCAACAAACGAGGAGCUUCCAGGCUACAGCCUGACAGAAGAAAAUUCUGAACCAUUUUGUGGCCUCCAACCCUGUCCAUGGAGUUUGAGUCUUUUGACUGUGUUUGCAUCGAGCAGUGAUAUAUGCUUAGUCUUGGCUCGGUUUCAUUUUUGAUCUGUGAGCUGGUAUUGUAUGCUGGAGGUGAAGGAAACUAAUGUGCAAUUAUCAGUGUAGGCCAGAUUGAGUGCUGUUGUUUAAGUUCAGGUCUAUAGUUUAUCAGUUAAGACAUGUAGGUUGUAAAACUCAAGGCCUGUAGUAUAUCAGUGAAGGCAUUUGUUAGUUGAUAAAAAUAGAUUCAUCGCUUUGCUAUUUUAUUUUAUUUUUAUUUUUCUUAGGAAGGAUUUGGAUAUAAAGAUAUCAUCAUUCCAUUUAUUAGCUUAAGCAAAGAUUGACAAAUACUUGAUCAGAAAUUAAGUGCAAUAUGUGACUUUGCAUGGUGUAUGACUCUUUUAACUAUUA